CACACACACACAAGCCUACCUUGCUCCACAUCAUCGGCACACGCUGCGCGCUGUAUGCGCCGUGGAGCCCGGAGGAUGACGGCGGACGAGCCCGCUGCAGCACCCUGUGGUCCCCUGGCCGAGCCCGCCUCCCUGGGUCCCGCCGCAAGGAGCUAAGGAUGAGGGGCGACCUGGUCCUGGCUCUGCGGCUCUGCCUCCUCCUCCUCUCCGCCUCGUGUCUCCAUCCCGCCGGAGGGUACCUAACGGUUACCAUAGAGACCCUGCAUCCUGUCGUCAUCGGCGACGCGGUCACCAUCAAGUGCUUCUUCCGCACCGACGGGAUUCUGCGCGAGAUCGUGUGGUUCAGGAUGGGCUCCCAGUCCCAGCUAGGCGGUGUCGGGAGCGGCAAGCAGAAGAUCUUCACCUACGACGCCAUGUACAACCGGAGCUCCUCCAACAUGGAGGCCAGCCCCCGCCGGGAGGAGCUGGUAUACCAGUCCACCGUCCGGCUGCCGGAGGUGCAGCUGGGAGACGACGGCGUGUACGAGUGCCAUGUGGGCGUGUACGAGAAGGCGUCCCGCAGCGCCCUGGUGUUGGGCUCCAGCAGCGUGCUGCUCACCGUCAUCGUGCCUCCCAGGUCCAUCUGGGUGCUGGCAGCAAACACGCCGGCCCCCUUCAGUCGCUACGAGGCCCAGAACUUCACCCUAGUCUGCAUCGUCUCGGGAGGAAAGCCAGCUCCUGUGGUGUACUUCAAACGGGACGGGGAGCCCAUUCAGGUGGUGGCCUCCACCUCCUCCACCUCCUCCACCACCACCACCGCCUCCUCGCCGGCCAAGACCAAAGCCCAGGGCAGGAGGAAGCCCCAAGAACGAGGGGGCCCCACCAUGCCCAGAACAGGGCCCAUGGGCUCCAAGCAGCAGCUCCCGGGCCCCGACCUGGACGACACCAAGCUCCAGAGGCGCCUCCACCCUCUCCCGGAACGGAACCGGAAGCAGGCCAGCAGGCAGGGCCGGGACGGGCCCACCACCGCCGCAGAGGAACCGCAGCGCUCCGAGCCCAGGGCCGAAACCACCGCCGCCGCCGCCGUCGUGGUGACGACCACCGAGAGCAUCCCGGAGACGGUGGUGAGCCGGGAGUUCCCGCGCUGGGUCCAGAGCAGCGACCCGCUGUACCACUUUGAGCAGCGGCGGCAGGCGGCGGCCGGCGGCACCAUGGAGGUGCGGGCGCUGCUCACCUGGAGCCUCAACCCCCAGCUGGACAACGAGGCGCUGUUCAGCUGCGAGGUCAAGCACCCGGCGCUGUCCAUGCCGAUGCAGGCCGAGGUCACGCUGGCGGCGCCCCGGGGCCCGAAGCUGGUCACGAUCCCCAGCAGGGCCCAGGUGGGGGACACGGUUCGCAUCGCGGUCCAGGGGUUCCAGAUGGGCUCUCCGAACGAGGUGUUCCCUGAGCCGCUGUUCACCUGGACCCGGGUGGGCGGGACCCUGCUUGACGGGCGGCUGGAGCACCGCGGCCGCGAGCUGGUCCUGGACCGCAUCCCCGCCGAGCUCAACGGCUCCAUGUUCCGCUGCACGGCCCAGAACGCCCUGGGCUCCACCGACACGCACACCCGCCUCAUCGUGUUCGAGAACCCCAAAUUGAAGAAAGGAAAAAAGCUUCUCAUCGACACGAACGCAGGGCACGGCCACCGUUGUCCAGGCAUGACCUCCAUCUGCCUCCUGACCCUGCUACUGAUGUUCACAGACCACCUCACGUGACCUUCAGGAUGCACGUGUGUGUGAGUGCGUGUGUGAGUGCGUGCGUGCAUGCGUGCGUGUCUGUGUGUGUGUGUAUCUUGUCUGGAGGAUCUCUACUGCUGCAUGGACCCAGACCCCUUAUGGUGGCUAACAUAACCAUAUGUCCUCGCUGUUCCUUGGGGGCAGAGAUGUGAGGAUGUGGAGGAAUGAACGGCCGUCGUUAGAGGCAGCGUCCUUCUGAUACGGAUGGAGGAGGCGCUGUGGGGGCUGGUUAACUGCAAAUUCAUGACAUCUCCUUUCUCUUUCAAUUAUGAAUCAACAGGGAACAUGUAAAGAUUUGAUUCGUUUGAUGAAUACAAACUCGGUUCUAGGCGGAGUAGUUGGAGCAGUUUUGAGAUCGGUUGGCGUUUUGAUUGGUGUGUAAAACAAAACAACGCUGCAUUAAUGUACAACAUGAAAAAAAUGUUGGUAUGAGAUACUUUUACCCCUGAGCCUGUGAGCAGCAGCUGAGAAAAACUAGGAUUACUAGUGUGCCUGCAACACAAUAUCCGGAUUUAUAUUAUUAUUUUCAUAAUUUAAGUUUGCAUCUCGGCUUUAAAGCAGAAUCAGUUCUUUUUUAAACCCUGAACAUUAAAAACAAUUACAAAUCCUAACUGUAACAACCAGAGAUAUCCUGGCAACCACAUUAUAUCCUAGCAACCACUUAGCGACCAAAGCGUUUUGAUAGGUCAAAUGUUUAAGUAGGACUUUACCUAAAAUAUAAAUCGCUCUGGUUUUUGACGCGACCAGAUCUCCAGGAGAGAAGGUUCUCACACUCACAGUCUACAACUCGCAGGAUUAUUCAUGUUUCCGUGCUCUCUCUGUAGUUUACAUUCAUGCUGAACCUUUACAACAAAAAAUUAAUAAAUACUAUCAAACUG